AUGGAUUUUAAUCCGUUUACUGAGACAAACAACUUUGUUGAUCUACUUAGCAGUCAACAAAAUCUUGUCUUUGGUACUGAGACUUCACCGCAAGUUCCCUUCUAUGGCAAUCAAGCAACCGAGGAUUCAAACUUUGGUGCAGAAACACAAGGCACUCGUAAAGAAAGAAUAGCGUGGUCGCCAGGAGACGAUGUUCUGCUCAUCAGCUCGUGGUUAAACACGAGCAAAGAUGCAGUAGUAGGGAAUGAGCAAAGGUUUAAUACAUUCUGGACAAGAAUUGCUGCGUACUACAAUGUUAGUCCUCAGGCUGCGGGCAGCGAGAAGAGAGAGCCACGUCACUGUAAGAAUCGUUGGCAGAAGAUCAAUGAUCUGAAGUGGUGUGAGGUGUCUACGGCUAAAACUGAUGGAAACUCCAAAAAGAGGAAGUGUGGAGAUGUUUCACAGUCAGCAAGCUCCAAAGCAAUUGAAGAAGAUUCUGGUGACGAUGAUGAAGUCACAACUCGCCCCCCGGGUGUUAAGGCUGCAAAGGCCCGUUCUAAGAAGACAAUGGAUGAUGGGAAGAAGCUGUCUCAGUUUCAGACAAUGUGGAGCUUGAAGCAGCAAGAUUUGGUUUUCAAAGAAAGGUUGUCUAAAAAUAAGUUACUUGACAGUCUCAUUGCUAAACAAGGACCACUAGCGGAUAAGGAAGAAGCUUUGAAGAAGAAACUCAUCAAUGAGUUGAUGUCUAACUAG